GGAGUUGAAUCAUCAUCACCCACCUGUAUAACGGCCGGGCACAUCCCACAGAUUUGUCACGACUCACCACGCCCGCACCGCUCCUCCUCAUCAGCAUUGCCAUUCCCUGGCCACCAUCGCCAGCUUGAUAGCCAUGGCCGGUUUCCGUUACUCCCUCCUUAUUGCUGCCGUGAUCGUCGGCAAUGUAGCGCUGCCCGCCGCGGCGGAUACCUUGCAGCCUCGUCAGACCACGAUAGCAGACGCCACCACGUCAUCGACGUCAUCGCCGGCGUCGCCCGCUACUGGCGCCGUAUUCGACGCUGGCACCACCGGCCGCAUGACCAUUCAGACUGACACUGUCCUGACCAACCAGAUUGGCAUUGACCUGUCCACCGCUAGUGAUGAAACUGCCCCGGCGUCGACCUCCGUCUCGCGUGCGGUCGCCCCGCCAAGGGAGACGGGCUUCGUCCUCGCCGCUGCGGCUGCAGUAGGUCUCGUCGGUGCUGUUGCGGCACUAUAAUGCCGUGCUACUCCCAUGCGACGGGCCAACGCGCCUUCGGGAUUGGAGGAAGGCUGCUGGUAGUGAAGCAAUAAGACCGGGUCUUUCGUGGCAUCUUACGUCGUUUCUUUACGUGGCGGAGGAGGACACCGUAACGCUUCGAAAAUAUUC